AUGCGCUUCCUAACAAACCUCGCCGUCCUAUGCGCCAUUCUCAAAUCCACUAUCGCGGUUGAGCCGGGCCACAAUGCCCUGGGAAUUGGCUUGUCCGACAGCUUGGAAGCCGCAAUUCACAAAGACUACGGCCCCGUCAUCUUUGACGGCCUUGCAAAAACAGACUGCAAUGCUGGCGAAUGCUUGCUUAUGCCUGUCCGGACCACGACAUGCAUCAUAAUGACAAUCGAGCUAAAAAGCCCCCCUGAAGACGUGUUUUGCUGUGCUCCGGCUUGUAAGAUUUGCCCAUGCCUCGAUUGCUACCCCACAGAUGUCAUUGCUUACUUCCAAAAAUGGCGCCUCUGCGAAGAUCAAGAGAAGGCGAAACUCUUCAGCAAAGUCUAUUUGGGAAUUGCGAACGACAAGGAGAAGAGCCGGGCUGAGGAACUGGGGCACACCCCUAACUUCAUCGGUGUUAAGACCUAG